GGGCGGGGGCAGCGGAGGAGACACUAUUGUUGAUGAGGAGCCGCGGCGGCGGCUGCACCACCUCGUCGCUGCCCGCCGCUGGCCGCGCGCCCCCCGUCCCCGAAGUCAGGCUUCGUCACCCGCUGGCGCAGGCCUUCCCUCAGGCCCCGAGCAGCGGGGUCCCCGCCGCCCAGCCUCCCCCGGCGCCCGCGGGCCGCCGUCUCUGUGGCGGGGGGACCAUGUCUCAGCGGGUGAGGCGCAAUGGGUCUCCCACGCCCGCCGGCGCCCUCGCGGGUGGCGCGGUCGCCCCGGCCGGGGGCCCCGGGAGCCGCCUGCAGCCCAUGAGGGCGACCGUGCCGUUCCAGCUGAAGCAGCAGCAACAUGGCAGCCCCACGCGGGGCGGCGGCGGCGGCGGCAACAACGGUGGCGGCGGCGGCGCUUCAGGCCCCUCGGGUGGCGGCGGCGGCGGCGGACCGCGCACCGCCUCGCGCAGCACCAGCCCCACGCGCGGCGGCGGCGGGAGCGCGGCGGCGCGCACCAGCCCCACGGUGGCCACGCAGACGGGCGCGUCCGCGACGUCCACGCGCGGUACCAGCCCCACGCGCGGCACGGCGCCUGUGGCCCGAAGCAGCCCUCCCCGACCGCAGCCGCCGCCGCCCCUGCUGGGCACCGUGUCGUCGCCCGGCUCGUCGCCCACCCACCUGUGGCCCGGCGAGGUGAGUGCGGCCCCACCCCCCGCCCGCGUCCGCCACCGGAGGAGGUCCCCAGAGCAGGGUCGGCCUUCGGCGGAGAAGAGGAGCCCCAGCGCCCCGGUGUGCAAAGCAGGUGACAAGACACGCCCACCUUCCUCAAGCCCCUCCAGCAUUAUCAGGCGCACUUCCUCCCUGGAUACGCUUGCAGCUCCUUACCUUUCUGGGCACUGGCCCCGAGAUAGUCGAGGUCAAGCCACGCCCUGCAUGAGGGACAAAGCUACACAGACCGAGAGUGCAUGGGCUGAAGAAUAUGCCGAAAAGAAGAAAGGGUCUCAUAAGCGCUCAGCAUCCUGGGGCAGCACAGAACAGCUUAAAGAGAUUGCAAAAUUACGACAGCAAUUGCAGAGAAGCAAACAUAGCAGUCGUCAUCAUCGAGAUAAAGAAAGACAGUCUCCAUUCCAUGGCAACCAUGCAGCUAUUAACCAGAGUCAGGCCCCUGCUCCAAAGAGCACACUUGUUCCCGUCGUCCCCAUCACUAAGUCAACAGGCUCUCGGUUCCGGAACAGCGUGGAAGGACUGAACCAGGAGAUCGAGAUCAUAAUUAAGGAAACUGGGGAGAAGGAAGAGCAGCUUGUUCCACAAGACAUUCCUGAUGGUCAUCGUGCACCUCCGCCCCUCGCUCAGAGGAGCAGCAGCACCCGCAGCAUUGACACACAGACCCCUGGCGGGGCAGACAAGAGCAGCAACAACAGCAGCCGCUCUCAGUCUGUGUCCCCCACGUCCUUCCUCACCAUCUCCAAUGAGGGCAGCGAGGAGAGUCCCUGUUCAGCUGAUGACUUGCUUGUUGACCCCAGGGAUAAAGAGAAUGGAAACAACUCUCCUUUGCCAAAAUAUGCAACCUCACCAAAACCUAACAACAGUUACAUGUUUAAAAGGGAACCGCCAGAGGGCUGUGAAAGGGUCAAAGUCUUUGAGGAGUGCUCGCCAAAACAACUUCAUGAAAUUCCAGCCUUUUACUGUCCCGACAAAAACAAGGUGAAUUUCAUUCCUAAAAGUGGCUCUGCUUUUUGCCUCGUGAGCAUCCUCAAGCCACUUCUUCCCACGCCAGAUCUCACCCUCAAGGGCUCUGGGCACAGCCUGACAGUCGCCACUGGCAUGGCAACCACUCUGCUUCAGCCCAUCUCCAUGGCCUCCCUGUCUGCAAACACAGAGCAAGACAGGGUGUCCCGAGGAACCAGUACAGUCCUGCCAUCUGCCUCCCUCCAUGCACCGCCAGAACCAAUCGAGGAAGCUGAAGGAUAGGCCCCUGCUCCUGUGCUGGCUCCUGGGAACUGAGAACCCCUACAGAUCGCGUGAUGGCUUUGUGCCCUCCCAGUUGGCUGUGAAGUGCUUUGGCUUUCCAGUGAUGUGUGGCAGCAAGGCUACUGGAAGAAUGCAUCCCCUGUGAGUGCUCAGCCCUGCGCAUGAAGGCCACAAACAGUGCUCACCUACUUGUCCUUGAAGCACUGGCAGAAACAUGGGAGGUCUCUUUACUUUUGGAGGAAAAAAAAUCACAUUUUCAUUUGUUUUCAAAUUAGACUUGUUUAAAACAAAACAAAACAUAAAACCUAUUCCCUGCAAACAUGAUUUCUGAAGGGAGAUGUGAUUGAUGCUGCAAGAAAACCAUCUUUUAUAUGAAAAUGACUAUUUUAUAAUACCAAUGUUACAUUUUCUGAAGUAGCAAACAGGAUGUUCAAAAGAUUCUUUGGUGGCCUCUCUUUCUUCUUUCCCUUUUCUAGGUGUUGCUUUUCUGAGCUGUUUUCAGCUCUGGGACCAAAGGGAUUGUUGACAUUUCCCCAGCAAUGUCAAUCUCAUGACUGUGUUCUUCUCCCAAAUAAGAAUUAAUAGGUAAAUGCAUUGAACCAGUAUAUAUAAAAUGAUAAAAAGCAAUAUUCGUACAUUCUGUGAUUUAUGUUUUUGAUGUCAGAAUUUGUGCUUUGGGUGAAGUAUUUGUAAAACUUGUGUUUUCUGCACUAUCCUGCUCACAUCUCAGUGUGUGGUCAGAAAAGUGACACUCUGAACAAAGACAGGUGCUUUAACAGUCAGUGAGCCAAAAGAAACCGAAGUGUGGGUUGUUAGCUAGGAGUGCCACGCUCUCUGGUUUUCUGUGAACUGUGUCACGUGGUUGCCCUCCUUCGCCGGGUGUCAUUGUCCCUUUACUCAUCACUGUAUCAUAGCCCCAAGAGACCCUGAAAUGGCUGUGCAUGGAUUUCCUCCUCUGCUUUCGUGGUGGUGUUGUCUUGUGGAUGUGGUCAGGGUUAGUAGUUUGCCAGGAGUGUAAUCCACUGAGUAGCAAUCCGUAGCCCAAGAACCCUGAGAACUGACAUUUUCUUGAUGGCAGUUGGCACUGAGAUUUGUUGCCUACAGAUUUUUCCAGUUUCUUAUCCAACAUUCUACACACUGGGAGAAAUAAACAAGAGGUUUGAGAUUAAAUAACAGGUACCUUUGGAAAAUUUAAACAGUUUUGGAUUUGGGUUCAUCUGAUAACCAUUGCCAGUGUCCUAUAACAAUAUUUAAUUUCUAGGUGUGUGGUAAUAAAAUCUUAAUUUUCCUUAGAGCAGCUCUUUGGAAGUGAAUUCCAUCAGUGUUGGUGAAGCAUUGUUUUAAUACUGUCACACACUAACCUGUGCUGCUACAUACAACACACAAGUUUUUAAAGCCUGCAAGAGUGACCCCCGCUUGGAAGGCUAAUUCCACCACUGGCCCAGUUGUUCCCUCAAAACCUCCAGGUACUAGCAGUGCAUUUCCUGCCAGGUAUUAGUUACCUCAGAAUGUUUGGGCAUCUUAACGUAGGCUGUACUUAAUAUUAAAUGAGGAUAGUUUAGGCUAAUCACAUAAAUGUGAACAACUAUGUGAAUCCAUCAGUUUUUGGUUGGAAAGACUGAUACAUUUUGGUAAUUUAGCCAUCCAAAGAUUAACUUCCUGGGCACUAGUAAAUUGUAGCUUCUAAGUCAGUAAAAACCUCAGUUGUUUGGGGUGUAGACUUA